AUGAAUAUUCAACUAUCAACAUUAUUUUGCAUCUGCAUUGGUUUAGCAAUUCCAUUAUUGGUUUUAUCUACAUCACGACAUCAAGAAAAUGAAUAUAUUAAAGAUGAUAUCGAUAAUGACAUUGAUCGAUUUUCGAAAUUAAAUUAUCAACGACAACCAAUUCAUUCCAUUAUUAAUGAUCAUUAUUUUAUCAAAAGAGGAGUUGAUUUUGAACAAAUUUUAAGGCCAUGUAAUCAAAUGCCAGCUAGCGGUCGUGGUCAUGAAUAUUCUGAUUGUGUACGAAGUCGUAUGUUACUUAUGGGUAAACGAAAACGAAGAGAAACAAGUUAG